AUGAUGGGCAGCUCUCAUAGCGACGGCGCCGCCUUGAUCCAGUCCAGUACGGCCUGGAUCAUAGGCGCUUUCCUCGUCCUGAUCCUCAUCGUCGUAUUAUUAAGUAUCGGUCUGCGAAUUCUGUACGUUCGCAAAUGGAAGCCACGCUACGAGAAGGUGGAAGACCCUGCCAGAGAUGUAGAGGCAGCCGGAGGCGCUCAGACCCGGCAAAGAACCCUCUCUGAGAUCGACACAAGCUAUGCACCAACAACGCCGGCGCCUGCAACCAUGGCGAUGAGGGCGAGCGUGGACGAGGGGGAAAUCGCCCGGAGCGAGGCUCUCCACGGCUACUACCAGGCGCCUUCCGAGGUCAGAUACAACCCAGGUCCUGAAAGUGGCGAAGACAGGAAGACCAUGUUUACUUGA